AUGGGGACGCUGGUGGUGGGUGCUGAGCGCUAUGACAUGAUGGCCACGAUGGGGAAGGGGACCUUCGGGGAGGUGACCCAGGGCUGGCGGAGGAGCACAGGGGAGAUGGUAGCUAUCAAGAUCCUGAAGAAUGAAGGCCACCAUGGCCGGGUGGCGAAGAAUGAGCUGAGGCUGCUGCAGGCCUUGCGGGAGGUGGAUACAGAGGAGUCACACGUUGUCCGUUUCCUCGAGUCCUUCGGUGAUGGUGCCUGUACCUACCUGGUCUUCGAGCUGCUGGAGCAAAACCUCUUUGACUUCCAAAAGCAGAACAACUUCUUGCCGUUGCCCGUCCGGCACAUCCGUACCAUCACGGUGCAGGUGCUGGCGGCAUUGGUCAAGCUGAAGGAGCUCUCCAUCAUCCACGCCGACCUCAAGCCAGAGAACAUCAUGCUGGUGGACCACGCGCGCUAUCCGUUCCGCGUCAAGCUCAUCGACUUCGGCUCGGCCAGCAUCUUCACUGAGGUCCGCCACGUCAAGGAACCAUACAUCCAAUCCCGCUUCUACCGGGCACCGGAGAUCUUGUUGGGGUUGCCCUUCUGCGAGAAGGUGGACGUCUGGUCUUUGGGUUGCGUGGUGGCCGAGCUUCACUUGGGCUGGCCGCUCUACCCUGGUGCCAACGAGUACGACCAGGUCCGCUACAUCUGCUCCACCUUGGGGCUACCACGGGGCGAGCUGCUCUGCGCUGCCCGGAAGACAUGGUCCUUCUUCCGACGGGUGCCACAUCCCACUGGUUCCUGGCAGCUCAAACCACCAGGCGAGGAGAUGGCGAAGCCAACAGAGAGGAGGAAGUAUGUCUUCUCCUCGCUGGAUCAGUUGGCAGCGGUGAACGUCUGCCCGGUGACUUACCCCAGCUGGGAGGCUCUGGCCGAGCGCUGUGACCUGCGCGGGAUGGUGGAGCUGGUCAAGAGGAUGCUCACCUGGGACUCGCACGAGAGGAUCGUGCCCAGCGCCGCCCUCAAGCAUCCCUUCAUCUCCUUGCAGCAGCUGAAGUCCAGCUUUGAGGCCACCCGGUACUACCAGCUCUGCCAGGAGGACUUGAGGGCAUCCUGUAAGGAUGCCGGCACGGCUGAGGUCUUCCCUGGCAUGGAGAAAGGUGCCUUCAUCCCCACCGGCCGGUGCAGCGUCCAGAAGGCCACUGCCCAGAUGGAUGGGCUUAGCCUGGUUGAGCCGGUUGGGGACAUCGGUGACAAGAGCCAGCAGGACAUCUGCCAAGCCCCCAUCCCCACCCACUACGGCACACAAGGGGAGCAGCGCAGCCACCGUGAUGGCGGCAUGGUCUUUGGUGGCACCACGGAGCAGAACCUGCCUGGAAGAUUGUACCCCUCGCCCCACGCCAAGAGAGCUCCGGUGACGCGGGCCGACCCCAAGCCCCCACGUCCCAUUCCUGUCCCCGAGGACGGGCUGCGGGGGCCGGGAGGAGAACGUAGCCAGGGAUACACCGGGAUGCGCUGUGCCGGAUGCUGCCGGCACUGGUUCUUGCAAUGA